AUGUACAGAUUUAAGUCCUGCUUUCCAGAAAACUACGAUCUCCUUCAGGUUGGGAAAGACAAAGCCCUGGACAAACGGGUGGAGUUAUUCAACAGAAGGAAAUGGGGAGAUAAAAGCAUGAAGAAAGUCCAGCAAAUUGCGUGUCUUAGCAGGCGAUGCUUUGCCCAAGUACAAAGAAUGGCCGAGAAUCCUGCGAGGUGUUGCAGGAGCCAUAGGAUUACCUCCUAUACCUUUAUGUUCUUGAAGGCAUCAACGCCUGAGGAAGAGGCGUACGAUUUGCUAGAAAAAGUAGCAGAUGGAGAGAAGACAAUUGCCAACCUUAACAAGGUAAGAUGAGAAAUGCUCCACAGUAACGACUGUUCACUGUUUUGUUUUUUGUCUUCAAAAAAUGGAAAUUAUAUUCUUCGUCGCAGAUAAAAGUUAGGAGCGCAAAACAUUUCUAGCUGCGGCAUCUUUACGAAACUCCAUAAUUCCUAACUUGAACCUCAUUUUCUUUAAUAUAAAGCUAGACAAAGUUUCCAACGCUGAACGAAAGAACCAAGGACCACCUGAAGUUGAGGAGGAUCUGCUUUGAUUUUUUCCCUUAUCAAUUCUGCUGAUUGUGGUAAAAUAUCCAGCCCACGGUUUGAACUCCCUUUUGUAUUUUUCAGGAGGCAUCGACAAGUAAACAACUAAAUAGACAAGAAGGUGUCCAAGAAGAGCAUGCUGAGCUUCCAUAUUUGAUAUGUAAGACUAAAAAAUUAAAAAUUAAUUGUAAUUUAGUUGUAAUUUUAAUUAAUUGUAAAAUUAAAUGGACUUUUAAUUAACAUUGGACUUUUGAUUUUCAAGCAAAGUAUGUGGACACAAAUCUUAGUGCUCACAUUGCUUUUCGCAAAAAAACAAACCCUCUUCAUUCUGAGCAGAGAAAAAGCGGGGGCAGAAUCCAAAAUCCAAUUUUUAUAUCAAUACUCUAUAUUAGUGUUGGAUACCAAUAAUACAACUUUAUCCUGUUUCCUCAUCAGCAUUCCAAACUAAAACAACUCCAAGCAAAUCUUGAUUACGAGACAAAAACAACUUGCGAACUUCAUAGAACGCUCCAGUCGGUGAGAAAAUUACUUUGAGUUGUAGCGACACGAUCACUAAUUUAUGAGCACUUCGUCAAUAAUUGAGCAAAGCCCUGCGUCAAUACGAAAAAAAAAGUUUAUCAGGACAUGCGAGAUUCUUCCCAUUGAGUUUGGCUCUCGUCGUUCUUCUGAACGACAACGACGAACUCAGAAAAUCUUUCGAAAAGGUAAACAAAACCAUUAAUGGCAAAUUUCUUGCAAUGAUUUCAAAACUUUCCACAAUUUAUCACACUUACUUGUAAUGCAUCUAUCAUCGGCUAUCCCCUGGGGGGGGGACCCCGGGCAAAUUCAACGUUGAAUGGGGACUUAUACGGGGAUUUGAACGAUUAACUUACCCUGGAGGCGGGGGAAAUGAGGGAGGUUUGUUUUCCAAAAGCCUUGCACCGCGGGGAAAACAGGGGACUUUGCAAACGAAACAGGUCAAUUUCAAGUUGUCUUAAAUGAAGAAACAUGAAGACCGCUGUGCAGAAGAACGUGGUCCACCUUUCUCCUCGUGUUUGUGAUGGCGACCUCGGCGGAUGGCGCAGGUAUUGUAAUGUAAAUCCAUUUCCAUCGUGUUAUUUCCGCUAUUGCCUUCUUCAGAUAUGACAAUGGCAGACAGUUGACUAAUAUUAGUCUUUUGUUUUUCCCUUUUCAAGUGAAUUCCUUGUCAGAGAAACAGGAGAAAACGGGAUGUACGAAGAUUUUCAGUGACUACGAAUUAUUUCGAAAUUAUUAGUGUAUUUUAUUCACGAGUAGCGGCGUGGAAAAAUUUUCUACCCUUUCAUCGUGAAAACCAUACAGUUAGUAAAAGUAUUAAUUCUCUAAUGGUUGAAAUACAGUCACACUUUUUCCUGGCUUCUUUUUUUUAGAACAAAAGAAGAAUAGAUAAUAAUAAUAAUAAUAAUAAUAAUAAUAAUAUUAAUAUUAAUAAUAAUAUUGAUGCCAAAAUAAUUGUUUAUCUUUAUUCAGGUUCAUGAUCCAGUGUGAUGUUUGUCGAACAUGGUACCAUGGCUCUUGCGUGGGGGUUUCUGAAGAAGAUGCGGAUGCGAUGCCUGAGUAUUAUUGUGAUAUGUGCUCCACUUGAGCAUUCUUGAAUUUUGAUAGGUUUAUCAUUUAUGAUAUGCUGUCAAUAGAUCAGAAAUGCUCAUCAACAUUGUUGUAAAUAUUCGGUUUAAGUCCAAAAAGUCAGCUGAACAGACAUCGUGUAUUACACUGUAUUUUGGUUAACAAUUUUUUGUGUAAUUGUAUUUAGCAGUACAUUGAAAUUUGCAUUGUUACGAACAUGUAAGCACUAUUAAAACAUGACAUUUCGUUAAGGGUAUAAAGUACUGUUUUCCUGUCAGAUUUCAAGCUGCUCAAGGUGAUUCCCCUCAGGGAGGGGAACUUUGAUUCCUCUGUGUCCCCACCUAGGAGGGGGAAAAUAAGAACUUUGACAGGGUCCUUUACAAAGUCCCCACCCUUGCCCGGGGUCCCCCCCCCAGGGGAUGGCCGAUGAUAGGUGCAUAAUGAUAUUUUUAGAAAAUACUGGAGCUUUGAACUGAGGUGGUGUCUCUCAAGAAACCAAUGACAAUGGAACACAUUCCGGUUGAGCAUGUUAGUAAUAUCUUCAGUGAUGCAGCCAUUUAUCUUAGCUUUCACUCUCAGGUAUUGCUUCUACAUUCUUUACUGCAGGAGCAAGUUAAAAGAGCACAAAAGUUUCUGAGAUUGAGGUACUGUUAUUUUCGUACAUUGGACGAAAUCAUUGUGAUAACAGUCCAUGGAUUCAGUUUUUCGACCAGAGACUCGGAGGAAGAUUCAUCCUUUAGAAAGAUACCGAACUGGUGGCGAAAAAUUGGAUUUCCUGCCGCAAAAUAG